AUGGCCGGAUCAAAUGUUCUCAUGGAGUCAAGGAAGCAUAGGUCUGGAAGCGGGAGUUGUAGCACUCCAAGAUCCCCUCCUAAGUUCAAACGCCGGAAGGUUGAAGCAGUUCGAGAUUUCCCGGCAAAUUGUGGAACUCGUAAGGAGUUAGAAGGUCUGCACAAGAGCUUUGUGACCAACACUGCCACCAAAGCUACUGGAGGAGAAGACGGGAACAACACAUUGAAUGUGGCUGCCAUAUCGGCUGUGCCAUUGAAAAGUGUUCCUGUGAUCAGUGUGCAAAGUCACUCGGAAACCAUAAAUCCUGCACGAAAUGAUGGUGAGGGAUUGAAUUUGGCUAAUGGCAAUGAGAUUGGUGCCCAAAAUACGUUUGGGGAGGAUCAACUUCAAAUUCUGGAACGUCUUGAUGCCAGGAUAGCGGAUGCUAAAGAAUUUAUAAGUUUGUUUGACAUGAAGUACAGGAAAUCUGAAGAACUUGAAAGAAGUCCCUCAAACAGUUCUUGGAAGCUGGAAAAAGGUCAUUCCAGCAAUGAAACAAAGCUGGCAGUGGUGAAGACUCUGAAUCGAGUAGAAGCAAGGGGAGACAUAAAUGUUGCUGCUGAAUGCAAUACAACACCGAGCUUAGAAAGCAGUCUUUUGCGAAAAAUGGUGGAAGUUGAGGCUAGGUUCCCCCGGGGAAAACAAGUAGAGAAAGCUUUGACACUAGGAUACAUACCAGAAAAUGAGGUGGAGAAAGUUAAGGCACGGAGCUCAGCUAUGUUAGAACCUAAAGGAGUCGAAUUAUCGAAGGGAGAAUCAUCUGGAACUGAACAUGAUAAGCAACAUCCUGAGAAUGGUUUGAUAUCUUCAGCUCAAAGUUUCUCUUUAGGAGAUGAUAGCCAAGACAAGUCAUUGGCCAAGUUCACAAGAGGUGUCAAGAAUACUAAAAGUUAUUCCAACAUUCAUGUGUCUAAAAGCACCAUGAAGCAGGAAGAACUAAUUAAUCUAACUCCUGUGAAGCAUGAUGAUCCUCAAGGAUACGCAGUGAAGAAUGUUCUAAAGUUGUUCGAAGAGACGUACAAUCAGCUGUUGGAGAAGAAAUCUGAGGAAAGAAAAGAAGGAAAAAAAUGUAAGCAUACUCACAAAGAUGCAGCCAAAUAUCUGAAAGAUCAGGGAAUGUGUUUUUCUCCUAACAAACCUUUUGGUCAUAUACCCGGGGUGGAAGUUGGUGAUGUGUUCAUAUUCAGGGCAGAACUUGCGGUCAUUGGCCUUCAUUGCCACUUGAUGGAGGGCAUAGAUUACAUUGCGCUUGACGGGAAAAUCUAUGCUACAAGUAUUGUGAAUUCGGGGCGCUAUACAAAUGAGGUCAAAUCAAGAGAUGUUUUGGUGUACUCAGGGCAAGGCGGGAAUCCGCAUUUCAGUCAUAAUCUUGUUGAUCAAAAACCUGAGAGGGGCAAUCUAGCGUUGAUAAAUAGCAUGGAAGUUGGAUAUCCCAUACGAGUCACUACUAAAAGAGACAAGUGGAAAGAAUUGAAGGCUUUGGGUAUGAAGAAGACGGACAAUACCAUAUAUAUUUACGAUGGAGUAUACACUAUACAUAGAUGGUGGCAAGAGAGGGAUGGAUAUGGCAAGAAUGUGUUCAAAUUUGAAUUACAUAGAAUACUAAACCAACCGAGAACUCAUCAAGGCAAAGCGAAAUCAAUGAAACAAGUGAUGCCAAAUGAAGUUUGUGUUAUAAAUGAUAUAUCGUACGGGAAAGAGAAGUUUCCAAUAUGUGCAAGGAAUGGUGUGGAUAAUGAUCGGCCACGAUCUUACACUUACAUAACCAACAUUAUGUAUUCCUCUUGGUACAAAUGCAUUCAACCUAUUGGUUGUGAUUGUGUUGGUGGUUGCUCGGAUUCUCAUCCAUGCACUUGUGUUUCCAAAAAUGGAGGUGAAAUCCCGUUCAACAAGAACGGUAUGAUUGUCAAAGCUAGGCCUAUCGUGCAUGAGUGUGGCCCAUCUUGCAAAUGCCCUCCUACUUGUAUGAAUAGAGUCACCCAACAUGGUCCUAAAUAUCAAUUCGAGGUAUUUAAGACCAAAACUCGAGGUUGGGGUGUGAGGUCAAAAAGUUUCAUAUCAUCCGGAAGAUUUAUAUGCGAAUACAUUGGGGAAUUGCUACGAGACAAGGAAGCCGAACAAAGAAUUGGUAAUGAUGAAUAUCUAUUUGAUAUUGGAGUUGGUUGCGGUGAUGAUGGAUUUACUAUUGAUGGUGCCAAGUUUGGGAAUGUCGGGAGAUUUAUCAACCACAGUUGCUCCCCUAACUUGUACGCUCAAGAUGUUCUUUAUGAUCACGGUGACAAGCGAAUGCCACAUAUUAUGUUCUUUGCAUCGAAGAACAUCCUUCCUCUAACGGAACUUUGCUAUGAUUACAAUUAUAAGAUAGGUUCGGUUUGUGAUCAUAAUGGAAAGAUCAAGGCGAAAGAUUGCCAUUGCGGUUCAAGACAAUGCACCGGAAGGAUGUAUUAG